AUGACGGACGGACUGGUAGUGGCGUCCUUGUCGAGUCCUAAUGAGAGGUACAAACUCGAGGGUAAGCUCGGUUCGGGGAUCUUCGGCGUGGUGCACCGCGCAUCUGAUUCUCAGGCAGCUGGUAAAAAUGUCGCCGUGAAAAUCCAAACUUAUAUAGACGAGAAUGAAAUUCACAUACAAGAAGAAUAUAAAAUACUCAGGGAUUUUUCAAAACAUCCGAAUCUUGUAGAUUUCUACGGUGUAUUCUGUGAGAAGUCGGAAGGAGUGAAAAAGAUUUGGUUUGUUCUUGAACUAUGUGAAUGUGGAUCUGUCAUUGAAAUUGUCAGAAAGCUGAAGGCUGCAGACAGAAAAAUGUCGGAGGAACAUAUCGCUUAUAUCCUCAAAUAUACGAUCAAGGCACUCGUUUACUUGCACGAGAACAAAGUGAUACACCGCAAUAUAAGAUGCAGUAACAUUUUAAUCACGAAAGACGGUGAAGUAAAAUUAUCCGACUUUGGGCUAUCUUGCAAGUUGAAAGAUACGCUGGAUAAAGGUACUACUAUCAUUGGAUCACCGAGCUGGAUGGCACCCGAAGUCGUGACUUGUGGUGAUGGAGGUUACGAUAACAGGAUAGAUGUAUGGGCACUAGGAAUAACUACUAUUGAAUUAGGAGAUGGUAUAGCGCCAUUCCAAGAAAUGCAUCCAACAAGAGCACUCUUUCAAAUUGUAAGAAAUCCUCCACCAGGCUUCUCUAAACCUGCAAUGUGGUCCAAUGAUUUAAAUGAUUUCAUUGCAGAAUGUCUUGAAAAGAAUCCAGAACAUCGACCAUACAUGGUGGAGUUGGAAGAACAUCCUUUUAUACAGUUACUCCCCGAAAACGACUAUCACCUGUCAACAGAAUUCAAGAUAUUGACGGCAGAGUUAAAGGAUGUGGUUGAUUCCAAUAAAAUUUUAGAGAGAAUCAUUCGAAAUGGUCUUUUAACGACACAAGGUUCCAAAGAGCCGGAGACUAUGCAAGUGGAAGAUUUAGCAGCUUUAGAAACAUUAACUGAAGACAAUAUACUAGCGGAGUUACAAACAAAAUUAGUGAAGGGUUCAUUUACAUCCUUUAUCGGAGACGUGCUUUUGAUUCUGAACCCAAACAUAAAUGAAGAUAUUUAUAAUGAAAAUUACCAUAAAAAGUAUGAAUGCAAAUCAAGGUCGGACAACGAACCGCACAUAUUCGCUGUAGCAGACAGUGCUUACCAAUAUGCCCUCCAUCACAAUGAACCACAGCAUAUUGUGUUUUCUGGUGAAAGUAAAUCCGGAAAGACGACAAGUAUGAUUCAUGCACUAUCCCACCUUACUUACUUAGGUCCUAUGAAAAAUAAUACAGCCGAAAGGAUUCAGAAAGCCACAAAAGUCAUUCAAACUGCAAUAAGUGCAGCAACUCCCUUGAAUGCUCACUCUACCAGAGGGAUAUUUCAAAUUCAGGUCACCUAUGGUAGCUCUGGAAAAUUAAGUGGUGCCAUAUUUUGGUUGUAUCAAUUAGAGAAAUGGCGUGUGUCAUCCACUGAUAUGUGUCAAGCCAACUUUGAUCUUCUUUAUUGUUUUUACGAUGCGAUAGAUGCUGCAAAUCGAAACAAUGAAAAAUUUUUAGAGAAAGGAAGAAAGCAUAGAUAUUUAAGAAUAUCAGAUGAACCAGUCAAAGGGAUGAAGGGGGUCCGUGAAAACUCUGGAAAUAACGUAGAACUAUAUAAUGAAUUUAUAAAUAACCUAAAGACCCUAGACUGGGAAGAAGAAGAUAUAACAUUUUUAGAAACGAUUCUAGCAGCUAUUCUUGUGCUUGGAAAUGUCAGAUUUAAGGAUAGUAAAACCGGAAUCGCAGAAAUUGAAAAUCCUGAAGAAGCUAAAAAAGUGGCCAAGUUAUUAGCUCUUGACGAAGUCAAAUUUUUGUGGGCUUUACUUAACUAUUGUUUGAUAGAGAGCGGAAGUGCCGUAAAAAGAAAACACACAACCGAUGAAGCACGAGAUGCAAGGGAUACUUUAGCCAAUGCCCUUUACAAGAGAUUAAUAGACUGGAUGAUCAAUUUAAUUAACUCUAAAUUGUCAUUUAUGAGAUCUGUAUUCGGUGAUAAAUAUUCAGUGAGUUUGUUGGACAUGUUUGGCUUCGAAUGUUACCACAGGAAUCGAUUGGAACAGUUGAUUGUGAAUACCACAAACGAACAGAUACAAUUUCUAUACAAUCAGAGGAUGUUUGCUUGGGAAAUGCAGGAGACCGCAGAUGAGGAAGUCCCAUUUGCUUCCUUGCACUUUUACGAUAAUAAGAACUCUGUUGAUCAAUUAAUGGGCAGACCUUUGGGUCUCUUUUAUAUUCUAGAUGAAGCAAGUCGUACUGGUAGUGGUCAAGAGUUUAUAAUGAGUACAAUUAGAACAAAAUGUAAGGGUCCCUACAUAAAAUUAUCUGGCAGUCACGAAUUUAGCGUGGCUCAUUACACAGGCAAGGUAAACUACGAUUGCAGGGAAAUGGCUGACAAAAACAAAGAUUUUCUACCUCCAGAAAUGAUAGAGACUAUGAGAGCUUCAACCAACAUUACCGUUCAACAGUUAUUUAGAAACAAACUAACAAAAACCGGAAAUUUGACAGUCUCAUCUAGUCAAUCCAAAGUCACUAUCGCAAAGUCUAAAUCUGAAAAGGAAUUGGAAAAUGUGAAAGCAAGGAAAUACAACACAGUUUCAAAAGGUCAAUUUUCCCAAGUUCAUCGAAUGAGAACAGCUGCUGCAACUUACCGAGCUACUAGUUUGGAAAUCCUGAAGCAACUUUCCAUCGGACCUGGCAGCGGAGGAACGCACUACAUCAGAUGUAUUAGACCUGACUUGAAUGAUAACCCUAAGGGUUUCCAAACCGAAGUUGUGAGGCAACAGCUUAGAGCUUUAGCUAUUUUAGAUACCGCAAAAGCGAGACAAAAUGGAUUCUCCUAUCGUAUACCGUUUGAGGAGUUUAUUCGAAGAUUCCGAUUCCUAGCAUUUGAUUUUGAUGAAAAUGUCGAGGUAACUAAAGACAAUUGCAGGUUACUGUUGAUUCGUUUAAAGAUGGAGGGCUGGGUACUUGGGAAGACGAAAGUUUUUUUAAAAUAUUACAAUGAAGAAUUCUUAUCAAGGCUUUAUGAAACUAAAGUAAAAAAAAUAAUAAAAGUUCAGUGUAUGAUGAGAGCUUUCUUAGCGAGGAGAAAAGCAAAAAAAGACAAAUCGAAAAUGAUUCACAUCAGAGAACUCAAGAAACAACAAUCUUUGAAUGUAACCGAGGACGAAGCUGCAUUGCUGAUACAAAAAGCAUACCGAGGCUACAUAGUUCGGAAAGCCUACGGACCAUUAAUAAAUAAGUCAACCGGACAGAUCGACGAAGAAACAGCAAAAUUCCUAAAAAGAUUCGCCAUGAAGUGGAAAAGCAGAUCUAUAUUUCAAGUGUUGCUACAAUAUCGUGCCGUGCGAUAUCAAGAUUUGGUACAUUUCUCACAGCAGGUACACAUCUACAACCAGGCAGUUCUGGAAGCACUGCUAAACAUAAGCACUUCAGUGCUGCUAGACCGUGUUGAUCCGCAAACUAAGGAAGCCGAUUUCCUAGGCUCUGGGCCACCGACUGUGUGGAAACUGCCUUUCCGGAUUGACCAAUUACAGUACUACGAUACUUCUGACAUGUGUGACCCAUCAGCUAAAUGCACCGAUACAUUUGCCAGUCAAUAUGAUUCUGACCACGAGCAGUGGGAUGAACCGUUGAAACGUCGUUUUAAUUCAGCACAAAUCGACAUUGGCACAACAUCGGCGAGCACUCAGACCCUCAUCACAGUGCCGUUCUGCAGAGAUCCCACACAACCCGUGUUGCCGUUGCCACCUGAUGAAGAGAAACUGCCAACAUCGAAACCAUCUCGAAAGGAUAGCAACAGACCUGCAGUGUACAAAAAAAAACCCUGUCAGUCCCCGCAGAGUUUCUACCAGCCCCCAGAACCAUGGACUGGAGUGAAGGAUGACACUGAUAUCCUCGAAGAUACUGCGCCUAAGCUUCGCAAAUCGACCUAUAGCAAAAGUCUCUACUCUAUAGAUAGAGAGGGCCAAGAUCCUAUAAGGGAACUACAAGCCAUGGCGAAAUCGACUAGCGACAUGAACGAUGACGAUCCUCCCUUCAACUUUCAAGCUAUGCUUAAGAAAACACCAAGAAACAGGGCUUCGAUGAAGAGGUCUAAUGAAUUACAAAACGAUUUUCAGAGCAAUGAGGUUGUUUCUAAGCACAUUAUAUCACCAAGUAAGGCUAAACCACCGGCUGCUCCUAGAAUUGCGCCUACUCCUCCGCCCACCAAAAGACCUGCUCCAACUCCACCACCAUGUGCAAAUACACCACCUUCUCGGCCUCCAAGUAAAGAGAUUAUAAGACAAAACUCAAAAGACCUACUUAUCGCUGCUCUCAAAAAGAGAAAUUCUAAAACAGAUCUCUCUUGCAAAGUGGAUAACGAAAUGGAAAAUGAAAAGGUUGAACUGGCACCUGGGAUCACUGUCGAAGGGAUAGUCACAGAUCUAUAA